CAAUCGAUUUCCUAAUCGCGAAGUAUUUUCAUAUGGAGAUCAACGAAAAUAUAGGUACAUUCAAGAUCUACGUGAAUAGUAACUACUCACACAUGUUACAUGCUCUCAUAUACGAUAUCUACAUGUAGAGUGUCUAUCAUGGUCAAUAAUCUGAAGUCCGAUAAACUUUUAGAAUCUCGUUGAUAAUGAGAGACUGAUGAAUAAUUUUGAUAUGGUAAUUAGUUUCAAUGAUUUUUUUUUCAAAAUUAUACCCUCACUUGAUGUGUACAUUGAGGUUAUGUAGAAGGAAUACAGUUGUGUUGUAUACAUUAUUUCCUGAUCUCGCUAUCAACUUUAGAUAUUAUUUUACGUCAAAAAAUCUACAACUAGCGAUGGCAACACCUAAGAAACUUUUUGAAGGCAAAACUGAUAGAUUCAAUGGAGUUACUGUUGACUCUACUCUAGAAAAGUGUGAAAAUGUGGAACAGUUCUCACGCAAACUUGAAGAUUCGCUGGAAUUCUGGAAACAAAACGGAAAAAGGGGACUGUGGUUCAAAGUUAACCUCAAACACACAGAUUGGGUACCUGUCUUGGCAAAGCAUGGGUUCAAAUUCCACCAUUCUCGCGAGGAGUACGUCAUGAUGUAUUUAUGGUUACCUGAAACCGAAGAGUGUAACAUUCCAAAGUACGCCCAUACGAUGGUAGGAGUUGGAGCAGUUGUGGUUAAUGACAAGUCUCAAAUUUUAGUUGUAUGCGAAAAAUACUCUGUGAUAAAUCGCCCAUUCUGGAAACUUCCUGGAGGAUAUGUAGAGCCAGGUGAAAAUCUGAUCGACGCAGCUAUCCGAGAAGUACAAGAAGAAACAAAUAUACUGACAGAGUUUCAAUCUGUUCUCACAUUCAGACAAACGCAUAAAGGUAUGUUCGGCUGCUCAGAUAUCUACACGGUCGUCAGCCUCAAACCUCUUUCGGAAAAUAUAGAAAAAUGUGAUCGAGAAAUCGCCAAGUGCCAGUGGAUGGAUAUCGAUGAGUAUAUGAGUCACCCGCAAGUCCACGAUCUGAAUCGAUUUUUUGUUCAAAAAUAUUUAGAGUACAAAAAACAUAAUAUUAAGAUUAACUGUUUUAAUGGUAUUCAUCAAAUAAUUAAAAAACCCUAUACUGUUUAUUCAGUAACAAAAGGAGAUUUGGUGGAUGAAAAUAACACGGACAAGGGUGAAAGUGAUAGUUGAAUCAUACCUACUAUCAUAAUAUAUAUUGAGUUGUUUAUUGUCAAAUAUCGAUGAUAAUGAUCCAAGUUAUUUGUUAAUAAAAAUUAUUUUUAAAUGA